GAAAAUGGAGGUUCAAUUUGCUCAAAAAUUGGCUUCCAAUGAAAAGAAGCAAAGAGACAAAGCUCUGAAGAAACUGCGAAAAUAUAUUGCAGCAAAGUCUUCCGUUGGGUUUUCCAAAGAUGAUUACCUCAAGAUCUGCAAAGGGCUGCACUAUUCGAUGUGGAUGCAGGACAAACCACUCAUACAGGAGGAGCUGUCGGUUAACAUCACGCGUCUGGUUCACAUCGUGAACAACUACAAACAGGCUUUGCUGUUCAUCAAAGUCUUCCUUCAGACGGAGGCCAGGGAAUGGAGCGGCAUAGAUUUCUGGCGCAUGGACAAAUUCAUGAUGUUUGUACGUGACAUGAUAAAUCAGUCGUUUCUGUACCUGAGAAACAUGAACUGGGAUGUAGAUGUACUCAAGCAGUUUGUCGCCAUUUUGAAUGACACACUUCUCGACUGCUCAAACGACGACAUACCUGAUGGUAUCAGAAUACACCUGGCCGAUAUUUACCUGAGUGAAUUGAGCAAAGUGGGUGCAGACCAGCUGACUGGCAGUCAAAUUGUGGAUUUUCUGGCUCCAUUUGUCACUUACGUACAGCGAUCCAAAAAUUUAACCAUUGUUCAUCGAGUUGUGGCUGGAAUAUUUUAUCCGUUAAUUUCACAAACAAUUGAACGCAUCAAGAAUGUAAAGGAGAGAGAAGAGAAAAUGUCCAAAGGAGACGAGAAGUCUGAACAUCCUGAAGAGAACGAAGAAGAAAAUGAUGAAGAAGAUUCCAGUGAUGAUGAUGAUGAUGAUGAGCUGGCGGGGAAGUUUACACUACAUUUGAAGUAUGAUUGUCGCCUCAUUGCUGAUAAAUUGUUUGAGGCUGGAUCCAAGGUGGACUGCUCGUCUAAUAACCGGAAAAUUAUUUACAGACUUGUUAAACGACUGCAGAACGCUGCCGAUGGGGUGAUACCUCGAUUGCCGCAAGACGUUGGAGACACCAAAGUGGAAUUGAAGGAAAUCAACCGGGCAGUCCAGGCUCUACAGAAGAUGGAGAUGAACUUUGUGAAGGAAAACAAAAAGACUAAAAAGAAAAAAGUUCAAGAAGAUAAAACAGACAGAAAAAAAACUGAAGAUCUUGAAUGUAAUGGGCAGGAGGACAGUGUUUUGCUUCCUAAUGGAAAAAGAAAGAAAAAAUCUGGAAUCGAAACAGCUCACAAAAAAAUAAAAAACACAGAUGAUAAAAACCAUUCUACAAAAACAAAAGAUAACGUGGGUAAGAAAUCGGACAUUGUUCCAAGCAAACAGACAGAGAAUGUCAGCAAGAAACAGAAGAAGAAAAGUGAAAAGAUUUCCAAAGAAAGGGGAGAUAAGCAUGUCAAAUCUGCAGAAGAUGCUGAAAAUGUGUCGAGUGAAAAUGUCAGCAAGAAACAGAAGAAGAAAAGUGAAAAUAUUUCCAAAGAAAGGGGAGAUAAGCAUGUCAAAUCUGCAGAAGAUGCUGAAAAUGUGUCGAGUGAAAAGCAAGAUAAAAAAGGUAAUAAAAGUAUAGGAUUAGAAUCGGCAGAUUCAACUGUUGAUGCAAAUCAAAGCAGUAAUGUGAUGUCGGCUAAAGUCAAAAAAAAAACCGGAAAGAAAUUUAAAACUGAUGGAUCGAGUUCCCAACCUAAACUUAACACUGAUAAAGAUGCCACGAUCGGCUUGGCAGAAGAUGUUAUUGCACUGUUUGCUAACAAGAAAAAGAAAAGAAAGAAAAAAAUUAUCCUAAUGGAUGAAAAUAAUUUUAUGUGUUCCCAAACUGUUUUCAAGACUGACACACAGAAAACGUCUUCACAAGGUGGUGUCGAAAGUAGUACCAACUUGUCUUCUACAUCUAAAAAGAAAAAGAAGGCACAAGGUGUUUCUCUGGAUAAAAUUAACUCUUUAAACUCUGAAGGAAUGAAAAUUGGUGUUCUAGCAAAUACUUCAGUGGCUGAAGGUGAAAAUGUUAAUGUGUUGUCUUCCAAGAAGAAAAACAAACAACAGAAAAAGGUUGUGCUACAAGAUAAGAAUAUGAGCUCAGAUUCUAAAAAAAUGAAAAGUGAUUUACAGAGGGAUCCAUCGGCAACAGCCGAUGGCAACGUAACUUCUUCUAAGAAGAAAAACAAAAAGAAGAAUAAAAUUAAUAAACAAGACUCUAUACCAGAUUCAACAGUGGACACUGUAAAAGCUCACACAACAUCAUCAUCAUCAUCAUUUUCAUCAUCAUCUAAAAAUACCAAAAUAAAGAAAAAGACAAAAGCAGACGCCAGUGAUGAAACCACAAAACAGCCCAGCAUUGUUAAGAAUCUGAUGGACGAUUUUACAAAACCACUCCAGGAUGGAGAAAUUGAAAUUUUUGUGCCCAGUAAGAAAUGGGCGGGAAAGCUGCAGUCGUCAUGGUUGGAAUCUGCGAAUGAAACAAAGACCAGUGUGUCCGGGUCAGUCGUCGCCGCAUUUGAAAAGAUAUCCCAGACUCCCCCAGCAUUUGUACGCAAAGCAUGUGCUCCACAUACCCUACCCAGGAAGAGGAAAGUGGAGACUGCAGAUGAGGCCCCCAGCAAGUGUUUGUCGGCGGGGAAAAAACGGGUCAGUUUUGACCCCAGCAGGAAUGUGUCCUUGAAUUUUAAAGACAGUCUGUUGAUCAUUUCUGAUCCAGCCUUUCGACCUGACAAGUCUCCGUCCCAGGGAAUCCUCAAGUCUCCCGCCCCGGGUUCCAGCGUGAAGAGAACUAAAAAACAGUUCAAGAGUGUCUUUAAAAACACCAUCUCCAACAGCAAAGUGAACUACGCACUAUUGCCGUCUGAACUAACACCAGUACGGUAUCAGAACAGGGUUCUUACCCGAGCAAGGGCAGCGGACUUCUUCUGA